GGUCGCGGUGCAGGGUGGCAGCAGGCCAGAGGCGAGAUGAGCCGGGUACCCGUGUUCCUGAGCGCGGCCGAGGUGCAGCGUCACCUCCGCAGCUGCAGUCUCCUCAUCCCGCCCCUGGAGGCGGCUCUGGCCAACUUCUCCAGCGGCCCCGACGGCGGGGUGGUGCAGCCCGUACGUACCGUGGUGCCGGUGGCCAAGCACAGAGGUUUCCUGGGGGUCAUGCCCGCCUACAGCGCAGCAGAGGACGCUCUGACCACCAAGCUGGUCACCUUCUACGAGGGCCUCAGCCACACGUCCACCGUCCCCUCCCACCAGGCCACUGUGCUGCUCUUUGAGCCCAGCAACGGCUCCCUUCUGGCGGUGAUGGAUGGAAACAUCAUAACAGCAAAGAGAACAGCUGCAGUGUCUGCUAUUGCCACCAAGUUUUUGAAACCUUCCAGCAGUGAAGUGCUGAGCAUCCUUGGGGCUGGGGUCCAGGCCUACAGUCACUAUGAGGUCUUCACAGAGCAGUUCUCUUUUAAGGAGGUGAGAAUAUGGAAUCGCACCAGAGAAAAUGCAAAGAAAUUUGCGGACACUGUGGAAGGAGAGGUACGGAUCUGUUCAUCAGUCCAAGAGGCCGUGGCAGAUGCAGAUGUGAUCAUAACAGUCACCAUGGCAACAGAGCCCAUUUUGUUUGGUAAAUGGGUGAAACCAGGGGCACACAUCAAUGCCGUUGGAGCCAGUAGACCAGACUGGAGAGAAAUGGAUGAUGAGCUCAUAAACCACGCGGUGCUGUACGUGGAUUCGAGGGAGGCCGCCCUGAAGGAGUCUGGAGACGUCCGCUUGUCGGGGGCAAAGAUCUUUGCUGAGCUGGGAGAAGUGGUGAAGGGCACGAAGCCAGCGCAUUGUGAGAAGACCACGGUGUUCAAGUCUUUGGGAAUGGCCGUGGAAGACAUGGUGGCAGCCAAACUCGUGUACGAUUCCUGGUCAUCUAGCAAAUAAACCAAGGGAAUGCAUGGCAGUGGGUACUGCAGCUAAAGUUAUGUUGCCACAUAAAUCUCGGUGUCUUAACUCCAGAGAAGGAUGCCAGUCUCUAGUGAACUGUCGUAUUGUGCUAACCUUGUCUUGCCUUUAAUAAUGAGAUCUGCACUUCUUUGUAGUUGAAAAGCAAAGCUAGGUGGCCAUUUAUUUCUGUUAUAUCAGAUUAUUGUAGCACACCCUUUCCCUUCUAUUUCACUACCUUUUGUAAUCCAUUGAAAUAAAGC